UAUAAAAUGUCCAUCGCUAUUAAGCCAAAGACAAACAAAGAAGCAUACAAAGAUUUAAGCUAGCUUAUUGUUUACUAAAAAUAUGACCUGUAGUUAAACAGCGAUUAAACCAUGGAGGACCUGUGUCGAAUUUGUGGCGGCCACUCAAGAACCUUGGUGGGGAUUUUCGACGAGCAGGAGGAGGAACAUUUUGAAGGAGCCGUGGAAGCCAAUCUCGCUGAGAUGGUAAGGACAUGUGCCGACGUCCAGUUGGAUCCCGACGAUGCCAUGCCCCAAAAAAUCUGCAUCGCCUGUGUCCACGAUGCACGAACUGCUUAUGGAUUCAAGCGAAGAUGCGAGGAGACCUAUAGGAAGUUCUAUUUGGCGAUAAUUGAUGGGCGGGUCAUCAAGGAGGAGCCCAACGAGGAGGAAUUUCUAGUCAAUGAAAACCUUUACAACGACAAUCUGGAAGCAAAGGAGGAGGUCGUCGAGGAAAUUGAACAGUCAGAUCAAACAGCUUCCAAAACGACCAAGUCCAGGGUGACCAGUAGAGCUGGCAGGCAGCUGAGAAGUAGAAAGAAUAAGUCUAUCAAGUGCGAGCUAUGCGUCAAAGAGUUCAAGCACGAAAGAAACCUCCUGGACCACAUGAAAGUUCACAGCAAUUCCCACGUAUGCCAAAGCUGCGGAGAGCGUUUUCUGUUCAAGGCCGACCUGGAUAAGCACCUAUGCUAUCGCAAAAGCGAUUCCACUGUUGAGUGCUCCGUAUGCUUGAAGGUCUUCUCAAGUACCCAAAGCCUUGAAAGCCACAAAUGCGAGGAUAUCCAGAAACAUCCGCCCUUUCAGUGCCCUCAUUGCCAGCAGGCCUUUACACGCGAACAGAACCUUAAGGUUCACCUGUUGAUCCACACGGAUUCAAAACAGGGGAACGGACCCCACAAAUGCUCAUACUGCCAGACGGGAUUUUUCAACAAGUCGGCCCUCAAGGUGCACAUCCACGCCCACAUGGGCGAGCGGCCGCACGCCUGUCCCUUCUGCGUGUCCAACUUCCGUUCCAAGCAGGCCCUUAAGGUCCACAUCCGCAUACACACGGGUGAGAAACCCUACCAAUGCCCCCACUGCCCCAAGACUUUUUCGGACAACAAUAACCUGGCGAAGCACCGGCGACGCCACUCGGAUGAACGGCCCUACAAGUGUUCUAUCUGCCAGCAGGACUUUCGGGAGAAACACCAUCUCAAGCGGCACUUUCUGGGCAAGCAUCGGGAUGGGGACCAAGAACCGCAGUUGAAGUGAUACAAUCCUUAAAUACGUAGCCAAAAACGUCGGUAUAAUCGAAUAUAUAGGUUAGGAUUGGGUUAUGUUUACAUACCAUUAAAAUAAUUUAUGUGCA